AUGAAUAAUUCCGCGUUUACGACACCAGCAAAGUUCGGACGAUCGAUGCGCUCCGAAUUCUUAUUUGAAGAAGGCUACAUUUCACUCAACCACGGUUCGUAUGGAACCUUUCCAAAAAGUGUUUUUGAGGCAUUCCGAAAUUUUCAAGAGAGGGCCGAAAGUGCCCCGGACAAAUGGUUGCGUCAAGACCUGGCACUUGAACUGGAUAAAGCACGAACACAGGUUGCUGCAUUUGUGAACGCAGACAUUAACGAAAUUGUGUUUGUGCAGAAUACUACUACGGCUAUUAAUGCUGUGUUGAAAAGUUUGAGUUAUCAAGAAGGAGAUAAGUUGUUGUUUUUUUCGACUGCUUACAAAGCAAUUAGAGAAUUGUUGUACUUUAUUCGAGACACAAACGGCGGGAAAGUCUCACUGAUUGAGAUUGAGGUCACUUAUCCUAUAAGCGAUGAUGACUUAAUAGCACAAAUCACAAAAAGAAUAGAAGCGGAACAUCAAAAUCCAAAAUCUCGAAUAAAGUUAGCAGUAAUUGAUGCAAUCUCGUCUAAUCCUGGUUUGUUAUCUCUUUCUCCUGGACUAAAGCCUUACCGAAAACUGCGAAUUAAAACUGAAUAUCCCGAAUUAUUAUUAGGUGUCAUUGUCCCAUUUCAACGUAUAAUCCCACUCCUAAAACAGCAUAACAUCCUUUCGGUAAUCGAUGGUGCGCACUCGAUUGGUCAAAUACCAUUAAACUUAAGAGCCCUCGAUCCGGAUUAUUUUGCUACAAAUUGUCACAAGUGGUUGUAUACCGUUCGAGGAUCGGCUAUUUUAUACGCUCCGUUUAGGAAUCAACGUGGUUUGCAUCAUCCGAUAACUAGCGCGUUUUAUCCCCAAGGAUUUGUGGAUGAAUUCAGUUGGGUUGGAACACAAGAUUUUAGCUCCUACUUAACCAUCACUGCCGCACUUGAAUUCCGUCAAAAAAUAGGCGGCGAGGCACUAAUCCAACAAUACUGCCACCGCCUAGCAUGGGAAGGCGGAUGUCUAGUAGCUUCGAUUCUCGGCACGGAAGUAAUGGGUCCCGAGAGUCUAGUUGCUCAUAUGGUAAAUGUGCGACUUCCCGUGCAGGAUACUCCUGGAGUACGACAGUUUGUGGAAACGCAAUUCCUCAAGAUCUUAUUCAAAAAGUAUAAUUGCGCUGUGGUGGUAUUUGAGCAUGGUGGCAUUUGGUGGGUAAGGUUAAGUGCACAAAUUUAUAAUGAUUUAAGCGAUUUUGAUUAUGUGGGAAAGACGCUGAAAGAAAUAUUUAGUGAUGGGUUAAUUGUAAAUUCGAGUAAAUUGUAA